UCCUCACCUGCUCUCGGGGAAACCACACCUAGGCCGCCGACACCAGCUCUGGCCUGGGGCUCCCUCCCCCACGGCCUUGGCCCCCUCCCCCUCGCCCCAGGAUCGCUCCUCCCCUCCCGGAUCCCAGCGGGCGGAGCGCAUUUAUUUGCAUAUUUCUACCUUUGUUCCCGGCCAGCGGCCAAUCAGCGCGCGGGGCCAGGCGAAGGGUCUGGGCGGGGCUCCGGCUCCGGCUCCGGCUCCUGCUCAGCUGCGGCGGCCGCAGGUUCCAGAGCGGGUCCGAGCCGCCGCCGGCGCGCCGCGCACUGCAGCCCCCGGCUCCGGCCCCCCACCCGCGUCCGCGCUGCUGCCCCGCCUGGGUCAGGCCCCAAAGACAAGGACAAAGCGGCUGUCCGGGAAGCUCCGCCGGAGUCUAAUUUACGUGCGGCUGCUGGCAACCACAGGUUCCAAGAUGGUUUGCGGGGGCUUCGCGUGUUCCAAGAACUGCCUGUGCGCCCUCAACCUGCUUUACACCUUGGUUAGUCUGCUGCUAAUUGGAAUUGCUGCGUGGGGCAUUGGCUUCGGGCUGAUUUCCAGUCUCCGAGUGGUCGGAGUGGUCAUUGCCGUGGGCAUCUUCUUGUUCCUGAUUGCUUUAGUGGGGCUGAUCGGAGCCGUAAAACACCAUCAGGUGUUGCUAUUUUUUUAUAUGAUUAUUCUCUUACUCGUAUUUAUUGUCCAGUUUUCUGUGUCCUGUGCUUGUUUAGCCCUGAACCAGGAGCAACAGGGUCAGCUUCUUGAGGUUGGUUGGAACAAUACAGCAAGUGCUCGAAAUGACAUCCAGAGAAAUUUAAACUGCUGUGGGUUCCGAAGUUUUAACCCAAAUGACACCUGUCCGGCUAGCUGUGUUAAAAGUGACCACCCGUGCUCGCCGUGUGCUCCGAUCAUAGGAGAAUACGCUGGAGAGGUUUUGAGAUUUGUUGGUGGCAUUGGCCUGUUCUUCAGUUUUACAGAGAUCCUGGGUGUUUGGCUGACCUACAGAUACAGGAACCAGAAAGAUCCCCGUGCUAAUCCUAGUGCAUUCCUUUGAUGAGAAAACAAAGAAGAUUUUCUUUCGUAUUCUGAUCCUGUUUACUUUCUGUAGUUUUAUGUUAAGCUCAAUUUGCCAGUUGAAGGAAGGAAACACUGUCUGGAAAAUUACAUUAUACAUAGCGGAAUUAUAUAUUUUUACUCUGCGUUUCUCUAAAUGUUUUUUUCUUUUUCUGUUGCUGAAAAAUAUUUGAAACUUGUGGUCUUUGAAGCUCAGUGGCACCUGGAAUUUAUUGUAUUCAGUGUUGGGCACUGUCCACUGUGGCCUUUCUUAGCAUUUUUACCUGCAGAAAAACUUUGUCUGGCACCACUGUGUUGAUCAUUUGGUGAAUCUAAACGUACAUCUCACUGGUAUACAUUUCACUGGUAUAAUUAUAUGUAGCACUGUGCUGUGUAGAUAGUUCCUACUGGAGAAAGAGUUGAUGUUUAUUAAAAUCAAAGUAUGAGAUUCUAUUAUGUUAAGGGAAAUCCAAAUUCCCAAUUUGUUUUUUUUUUUUUUUUUUGUCUUUUUAGGAAAGAGGUGUUGUGAUAAAAUGUGUUAGUAUAAAAAUGAUGAUUUACUUGUAGUAGUCUUUUAUGAUUACACCAAUGUACUCUAGAAAUAGUUACGUCUUAGGAAAUUGUGAUUCAGUUUUUGACUUUUACAGGUAAGUGUGAGGGAGAAGUGGUUUCAUGAAAUGUUCUAAUGCAUAACAUUUCCAUCAGAAUGGAAUAUAAUCUUGAUAUUGUUUUAUAAUAAUUUGAAGUCUAAGAGACUGCAUUUUUAAACAAGUUACUAUUAAUGUGUUGGCCCAUGUAGCAAAAAGAUACUCAAUUAUCUUAAAAAUUGUUAAUUACCUUUUUCAUGAAAUUUCUCAGUAUUGUAACAGCAACUUGUCAAACCUAAGCAUAUUUGAAUGUGAUUCCCAAUAAUUUGAAAUGGAAAUUGUAUUGUGUGGCUCUGUAUAUUCUGUUAAACAAUUAAAGGACAGAAACCUU